AUGGGUAUUAGGAGAAGUACACUUGUUGACGUGUCUUCUUUCUUGCUCUUCGAGGCUACCGGCGAUUCGGAAUCCGGUUGUAAUUUCGAUGCCGCCAUGGCGGAUAUCAACGGUGAAGACGAUGACGAUGAUGCUGAGUCGUGUAGCUCUGAUAUUCUUCUUCCUGGUAUUAUAGAGACUGGUAGCUUAGAAAACAAAUUUGCUAAUAUCCGUGGUGAUGUUGGCCUUGACUUUGAUGAUGAUGACGACGACGAUGGAGUGGUGGAGCAAAGGGAGGUCCAUUUGUAUAAGAAAUGUUGCAGGGAAGAUCAAAUUAUUAAUGGUAUUUUUGUGGCCAAAGAAAAGAAACCAUCCUUGGCUGUUUCCGUCGACAACCCCAACGAAACCAUGAAUGAGACGGAAAAGAACAGGCUGUUUUGGGAAGCGUGUUUGGCCUCUUAG